AUGCCUCCAAGAAGCUAGCAAAUCCAAGAACUUACUUCAUGCAUCAAGCUAACAAUAAAGAAAUGCACCAGACCUAUUACACUAUUAUACCUUUGCAAGUCUCUAUUUAAGUCUGUCUUUGGAAUUAGAAAUUUGAAGACCUUGCUAUAUAGAUUCUUAACAAUCAUGAUUGUAAUUGCACAUUACACCAUAGUAGAAAAGAUAAAUUAUGAGGACUUUGUUCAUAAUGAAUGGGAAUUCAUGAGCUUUAUUGUUGUCUGGCAUGUGAUAUUCAUGAAUUUAAAGAUAAUAGAGGAGUCUAGGCGAAAGAAGAAUGAAGAACAUUUGCAUAUGAUGGUAGUUAUCGUUGGUGUCAUUGCAAUUUACACACUCAGCCAUAUUAUCCUCACGCCUAUACUUGCUUGGCUUGACUAUGAAAGCACAAGACUAUAGUCGUCUUACUUUACCUACAGAUAUAUUUGGAUGUUCUUUUACAUAUUGUUCAAUUCAUUCAUCAAUAUUUUCCCACUCGUCAAUAAUUUCAUGUUCUUCUUGAGUGAUGGAAUCAUUUUGACUUAGCUAACUUCUCUAUAUCUCUUUAAUGAAUUCUCGAUGUCAGCCCUUCUGACUUCAAUGCCUGUGCUUUUUGUGAUAUAAAAUCACGGACUAAUCAAAGGUAUUAAAAAUUUCACAAGAGAUGAGACAAACUCCAAGCUUUCAUUUGUGAGACUAAUUGGCCGUCAUGAUGCUGUUUUCUUGUUCGUUAUAUACACUAUGUUCACUUUCUUGUUCAACUUAGUAGAUACUCUGGCUAAUAACUACGUAUUUGUGUUUAAUCUCUGGUAUACAGUGUAUGCUCUCUAUGUGUUUGGGAAGCUAAUGGAUAAUAAAAAGAUUAACACCCUUAAGUUAUUUUCCUUCUUCUCUAUACUUUUGUAUGGGCUAAUAUAUUGCUACACAUUACAAUACUAAAUCAAUCCCUUCCCCGAGAGAGUCUAUCCAUUGUAUAACCCUAAUCCUAUAAAUGCCACUCAAUCCACAAACUCUACAAUUAUUGAUAGCAAUUAGACUAUUUCAAUCAAUUCUACAAAUGGCAAUGAUUUAUGA